CGACCUCAUUACCAUGGCCAACACUCUCCCUGACCUCCCUUACGCCUAUGAUGCACUCGAGCCUUAUAUCUCUCGCCAGAUCAUGGAGCUUCAUCACAAGAAGCACCACCAGACUUACGUCAAUGCUUUGAAUGCGGCAGAGGCCGCCUAUGCACGCGCAUCCACUCCUAAGGAGCGCAUCGCACUUCAGGCUGCACUCAAAUUCAAUGGCGGAGGACAUAUCAACCACUCUCUGUUCUGGAAGAACCUUGCUCCUUCUGCUGAAGUAAAGAAAGGAACAGGCGGGGUCUUGAAGGAUGGACCUCUCAAGCAGGCCAUCGAACGCGAUUUUGGCAGCCUCGACAAUUUGAAGAAGCAAUUCAAUGAGGCGACGCUUGGAAUUCAGGGAUCUGGCUGGGGCUGGCUUGGACUCAACCCCACCACCAACCGCCUGGAACUGGCGACUACUCCUAACCAGGACCCACUUCUCCAUAUCUUUCCUAUCAUCGGGGUUGAUAUCUGGGAGCACGCUUUCUAUCUCCAGUACCUGAAUGUUAAGGCUGAUUAUCUCAAGGCCAUUUGGUCCGUCAUCAACUUUGAGGAAGCCGAAAAGCGACUUUCUGAGGGUGCCAGUUACAAGCUAUGAACGUAAAAGACUGUCCAAUGCGUCAGUUUAUGUAGGAGAAGGUCAAAUAGCCGAAGCAAAUUAUAUAACGUAUCCUGGUAACUUUCGAACUACUUAGUUCUUUCUCCAUAUGAGUACAAAAUUUACAAGAUGGGUUCUCU